AUGUCUGGAGGGGACCCACCACCAGUAGCAGAGGAAGGCCAACUGCUCCACGGAGGUGCCAUGCAUGGAGGGGACUCACCACCAGUAACACAGGAAGACCAACUGCUCCACGGAGGUGCCAUUUCUGGAGGGGACCCACCACCAGUAGCAGAGGAAGGCCAACUGCUCCACGGAGGUGCCAUGCAUGGAGGGGACUCACCACCAGUAACACAGGAAGACCAACUGCUCCACGGAGGUGCCAUGUCUGGAGGGGACCCACCACCAGUAGCAGAGGAAGGCCAACUGCUCCACGGAGGUGCCAUGCAUGGAGGGGACUCACCACCAGUAACACAGGAAGACCAACUGCUCCACGGAGGUGCCAUGUCUGGAGGGGACCCACCACCAGUAGCAGAGGAAGGCCAACUGCUCCACGGAGGUGCCAUGCAUGGAGGGGACUCACCACCAGUAACACAGGAAGACCAACUGCUCCACGGAGGUGCCAUGUCUGGAGGGGACCCACCACCAGUAGCAGAGGAAGGCCAACUGCUCCACGGAGGUGCCAUGCAUGGAGGGGACUCACCACCAGUAACACAGGAAGACCAACUGCUCCACGGAGGUGCCAUGUCUGGAGGGGACCCACCACCAGUAGCAGAGGAAGGCCAACUGCUCCACGGAGGUGCCAUGCAUGGAGGGGACUCACCACCAGUAACACAGGAAGACCAACUGCUCCACGGAGGUGCCAUGUCUGGAGGGGACCUACCACCAGUAGCAGAGGAAGGCCAACUGCUCCACGGAGGUGCCAUGCCUGGAGGGGACUCACCACCAGUAACACAGGAAGACCAACUGCUCCACGGAGGUGCCAUGUCUGGAGGGGACCCAUAA